CCACGAUCCAUGUAGUAGUAUUCAACGUAACGUAGAGUAUUGUAAAUAAAGAGUAUUGAAUAAAAAAAUAUAAAUGGACCUUAGGCUACGAUAGAAAUGUAACUAUAUUUUUAUAUAAAAAGUGCGUCCGUUAAUUGUGUCAGUCUAAGCAAAGAAACUUCGCUGAUUUACUUCUCCGAAGAAAUACAACCUGUAAAUAUUGUAUUCUUCGACUAAACCGUUGUCGAACGAUGACCUUAAAGAUUGUCACCAGUGUGUUUGCUUAUGAACUGGUUUGAAAUAUUGUUUGUGUUCAAUAAUUUGUAAGAAAACACGUAAACAUGGAUCAGAUGCUACCUAGCCCUGGGUUUAGUAUACCCAGCAUAGGUACACCUUUACAUCAACCAGAAGAGGAUCAGCAAAUUUUGCCUAAUGCUCUGCAACAGCAGCAGCAGCAACCACAACAGCAACAGCAGCCUCAACAACAACAAUCCCAGCAGCAGUACCAGAUGCAGCAGUUGCAAACGAUGAGUCCAAGCAUCCAAGGUGGAAUGCUUAUGAUUGGAACGCCACAGAAGACAAUGCAUUCUUAUGGGACUACGUCUACAUUUGCCACACCACAAAGCCUUAUGCAACCUCAAACACCACAAAAUAUGAUGUCUCCUUUAGUACAAAACAAUAGUCAUAUAGCUCCUCCAUCCAUAGGACCAUCGACUCCUGGCCCGAUGACGCCUAUGACUCCUGCUUCAGCAGACCCAGGAAUUUUACCACAACUACAGAAUAUUGUUUCUACAGUUAACUUGAACUGCAAACUAGACUUGAAGAAAAUAGCUCUGCACGCGAGGAAUGCUGAAUACAAUCCGAAGAGAUUCGCUGCAGUUAUUAUGAGGAUAAGAGAUCCGAGAACCACAGCUCUGAUAUUCAGCAGUGGGAAGAUGGUUUGCACUGGAGCGAAGAGCGAAGAGGAUUCUCGAUUGGCCGCGAGGAAAUACGCCAGGAUCAUUCAGAAGCUUGGAUUCCCUGCGAAGUUCCUCGAUUUCAAAAUACAGAAUAUGGUGGGCAGCUGUGACGUAAAAUUUCCAAUUAGGCUUGAAGGUUUGGUACUCACUCACGGACAAUUCUCUUCGUACGAACCGGAACUCUUCCCUGGGUUAAUAUAUCGAAUGGUCAAACCCAGGAUAGUAUUGCUUAUAUUUGUAUCAGGAAAAGUAGUCUUAACAGGAGCAAAAGUGAGGCAGGAAAUUUACGAAGCAUUCGAUAACAUCUAUCCCAUCUUGAAGAGCUUCAAGAAACAGUGACUUUAUUUUUCGAUAUAUGUAAUCACGUCGGUAAGAUAUUUUGUAAAAGAGUGCAUACGUUAACAAGUAACUGGCGAAUCUCUGAGAACGGUGAACGCGAUCGGUAGCGUUUACACUUGUCACGAAAUUCGUUCUCGCAAUAACUGUCACAAGUUACUUGCUAACAUAUUCGAAGCUUAAGAUCGAUGAAACAAUUUCCAAAGACAGAUUUUUCCAAUUCGUCAGGAUAAUUAGAAAAACGGAAAUGGGCCACGUGGCGGAAAUCUUGUGUCUUCUCGAUAACGCGGUGCCUUGAUCGGGAGGUAGUCGCUACGUAAGAGUUUCUCGUUUAAUUUAUAUAAUAUCAAUUAAGAAAGUUACUUUGUUCAUGCACCAAAUGUAAUCAACGUCCUUCCGAUCGAAUAGAAUUUGUCGUUUGUAAAUAAUAGCGGCACGAGGAACGAUGCAUCUUGAGACCGAAGUGAUAGUCGUAAGAUUAUAUUCUUGAGAAUGCUCAUAACUCUCGACAGAUUCAGGCAGCAUUUUGAUACGUCGUAGAUUACAUGAUAUGCGGCUAGAUACAUAACGAUCCUACUUAUUGACGAACGUGUUUUUAUUGUACGAAAUAUACAUUUCAUUAGAAAACA